AUGUCAUUAUAUUCUGUCGAAGGUAUCCUAAUAUUGGAUUCUAAGGGUGAAAGGAUAUAUGGUAAAUAUUACAGUCCACCCCAUUCUCAUACAGGAAGUGAAUAUGCGGUCGCUAAAUCACUAGCCACAUCUAACAAAGUUCAAUUCGAAUUUGAAAAACAAUUAUUCAAGAAGACACACAAGAAGAAUGCAGAGAUAAUGCUGUAUGAAAAUCAUUUGGUGUUAUACAAAGAAUACACUGACGUGACGUUGUAUUUGAUAGGUGACGGUAAUGAAAAUGAAUUGGUUUUACAGGAGGCCUUCGAUGCUUACAGGAAUUCUUUAGAAUUAGUUUUAAAUAAUGGGGUGGAUAAAAAGAAUAUCCAAGAGAAUUAUGAUUUGAUGUUAUUAGCUAUCGAUGAAUUGAUUGAUAAUGGUAUUAUUUUAGAAACUGAUCCAGCUUCUAUUGCCUCGAGAGUCACUAAGGCACCAGAAGAAAAUGUUACAUUGGAUCUGGAUAAAGGUCUUUUGGGUGCAUGGGGUUUCGCCAAGAGCAAAUUCCAAGAAAGGUUACAACAAGGAUUGUAA